AUCCAAACAAUUAUCAUGCUCAAAAAUUGCCCCUAACUAAUAGAGAGGAAGCUAGACUAUUGAGACUAAUUGAAAAUAUAUUUGAUUUGAAAAAUAAUAAUGAUGAUGAUGAAAUGGACAUAAGUUAUCCAGAUAGUAACCGUGGUCAUCUAACUAAUUAUAUUACACUUUAUCCAGAUGAUUCUGAUAUAGAAAUUAUACCCCAAAAAAAUCAUAAGCACAAAGCUAAGUAUAAUCCAGAUAGACAAUAUGGUCAUCUAAGUAAUUAUAAAACAGCUAAAAAUAACAUGGACAGGGAAGUUGUUUACCCAGAUUCUAAUACAGAUUGCGAUUCAGCACCCGAUGUUGUUUUUUGUAGAGCUAUAGUACCUAGAUGGUUUUGUAAUUCAAGCAUCAGUGAGUGCCAACAGUUUAACUAUGGUGGUUGCGUGGGUGGCGGUAAUGGUAAUAAUUAUAAAACAGAAUUUAUGUGCUAUAGUAGCUGUUCAGAUAAGUGCCAACCAUCUGGAGCAGCACCUGUAUAUAAUAUAGAAAUUUUACCACCCGAAAAAAAUCAUAUGGACAAAAUUAAUUAUAAUCCAGAUUGUCUAUUAGCACCCAAACGUGGUUGGUGCAGGUCUAGAUUUCGUAGUUGGUUUUGCAAUUCAGGCACCGCCACUCCUCGAUAUAAAUUUCAUCCGGACUCCCAGUUCUGUGCCCUAUCCAGUCAGGCACCGGGUGUGGCCGGUAUGGCCGGUGUUGUAUACGAUCCGGCAACCUAUCGGGGCCCCUAUCGUGGCGAUUCGGGUGGCGGUUAUAUUGAGUAUCAGCCAAAUGCUAAUAAUCCUAAUAAUAGGCGGGCCGUACUGUGA